UGUCAGACACAGUGACACGUCAUCUACAGUGACACGUCAGCAGUGCCACGUCAGACACAGUGCCAUGUCAGCAACAUGACGGGCCUGCCAGGCCAACUGGCCAAUGAGCCUAUUGCCGACUACAGAAAGCGCUUCCAGGCUCAGCUCGCGUUAAUCGAGGUUGAGGAACAACGCCACCUGGCAGCCAAGGCUGCCCAGCUACAGGCUGAAGAAGCGACAACAGCAGAGAAGCUGCGGCUACAGGCCGAAGCAGACGCAGAUGCCCAGGCUCGCCGCAAGGAAGCCCAGGAUCUGCUGCAGCGGCAUGAAGCCAACAGCAUCGAGAGACUCAAGUUUUGGCAUUUUGAACUGAACGGCGACGAGGCAACACCGGAAGAGCAGCAUAAGGAGUUCCUCUCCAAACUCGUGACACGGUUGAUGCAUGCUUGCAANUGGCAUUUUGAACUGAACGGCGACGAGGCAACACCGGAAGAGCAGCAUAAGGAGUUCCUCUCCAAACUCGUGACACGGUUGAUGCAUGCUUGCAACUACCAACGGUACGAGUUAGAGAAACAGAACCAGGAACUGCAGCAACAGUACCAGGAUCUGAAGACACAACACCAAGAGUUGGCGAACCUCCGCCGGAUGGUGCAGAGCCACGAGGAUGCAACACGGGCACUCAAUUCCCGUGUACUGGACCUGGAACAGGCUGUACCAGGACCAGCUGCUGGGGCUUCCAGCACUGCACCCUCUAGCCGCCAACUCGAGGAACGCGUUGACCACGUAGUGGCAAUGCUCGACGACAUCAACACCUUCGCUGCGCCGACCACCAUCAGCAGUCAGCUGCACACCUUGAAGACCGAGGUCUAGCAGCUGCAGUCGACGAACACGGAUGGCAAUCCUAAGUUGUACAAGAUGCCAACUUUCCAA